AUGUCUAACCUCACCUACCUCGUCACCGGCGCCAACCGUGGCAUUGGCAAAGGACUUGCCGCAGACCUCCUCCUCCGCCCCAACACCACCGUCAUUGCCGGCGUCCGCGACGUCGCCGCCUCGAGCUCCAUCCUCUCCGCGCUCCCAACAGGCGCAGGCUCUAAGCUCAUCGUCGUCAAGCUAGACUCCAGCAUCGAGACCGACGCAGCCAGCGCCGUUUCCGAGCUCACCACCAAACACUCCAUCACCUCUCUCGAUGUCGUCAUUGCCAACGCCGGCAUGGCGCACUCGGGCUCGCCCGUGGCCGAAGUCCCGGUCUCCGCACUGAAAGAGCACUUCAACGUCAACACCAUCGGCCCCGUCGUACUCUUCCAAGCCGUAGCCCCCCUCCUCAAAGCGUCUACCAACGCGCCCAAGUUCCUCGCCAUCACGACCAUCAUCGGCAGCCUCGCCUCGCAGGAACUCAUGCCGCCCAACACGCACUUCACGCCCUACGGCGCCUCCAAAGCAGCCCUCAACUGGGUCAUCAGGCGCGUGCACUUCGAGAACGAAUGGCUCACUGCCUACGUCAGCCACCCAGGUCUGGUCAAGACAGACCUGACCGCCAGACUGAUUGGCGACGAGACCGCCAAAGCCAUAGGCGCUAUUACCGUCGCCGAGAGCGCCGCAGGUCUGCUCAAGACGCUGGAUGCAGCUACAAGGGAGACGGUCGGCGGCGCGUUCAGGACCUACGAUGGAACCGCGCUGCCCUGGUAA